UGUUAAUUAACUCGGAGAGAAAAAAAAAACAUGAACCGAUCAAUGACUUUUGUUGUGUUACUGGCGAUUCUUGUCUCGGUGGCUAACCUUGGCUUGGCUCAUGUCGGUCUUACUAAUAUCGACCCUUCGUGGUACGACGCACAUGCGACGUUUUAUGGCGAUAUGAGCGGCGGAGAAACCAUGCAAGGAGCAUGUGGUUACGGGGAUCUAUUCAAAGAAGGUUACGGCCUAGAGACGGCGGCGCUAAGCACGGCUCUUUUCAACAAUGGCCAAACUUGUGGUGCUUGUUUCGAGCUCAUGUGUGUGAACUCAAAAUGGUGCAAACCAAACGCUGGUUCAAUCAAAAUCACAGCCACUAAUUUCUGCCCACCAAAUUAUGACGAACCGGUUCAAUACCAUUGGUGCAACCCUCCUAACAAGCACUUUGAUCUAUCAAUGAAAAUGUUCACUUCGAUGGCUGAGUACCGAGGAGGGAUAGUUCCGGUGAAGUUCAGGCGUGUGGUGUGUCAUAAGAGAGGUGGUGUGAGGUUUGAGAUCAAGGGCAAUCCUUAUUUUAUCAUGGUUUUGGUGUAUAACGUUGGAGGUGCAGGAGAUGUGAAUAACGUUGAAAUUAGAGGGCAUAAGAGUAAUUGGAUCGUUAUGAAGAGGAAUUGGGGGCAAAUUUGGAAUACUGGUGUGGAUUUGGUUGGACAAAGGCUCUCGUUUGUGGUUCGGACCAGUGAUGGUAGGAGCAUGACGUUCUUUAAUGUUGCGCCUGCGAGUUGGGGGUUCGGUCAAACUUUUGAAGCAAAACUGAACUUUUAGAUGUUUUCUUUUAGGGAUUUAUUUAUUUUACAAGACUGGUAGUUUCCAAAGUUUUUUGUUGGAACGUAUUUUUUCAUAAUAAUAAUAAAAAGUUAUAAUCUUU